AACAAAAGGCAACAUAAACUGAACGCAAACGCGAUAAACUGCGACGAAAACAACGAAAUUUAACAAAACAAAUUCGUGUAUAAGAUGGUAAUUAGAAAAAAGCAGCAGCUGUAGCUAACUGGUACCCAUUUGUUAACCAAACCUUAAGUGGAUUCAACGCAAUUAUGCAAGUUGCAACUGCGGCAACAACUAACUGUACUUGGUGCUAAACCUGGGUGGGUUGCACCAAUUCGGCCUGGCCACAGGGCGGCAAUGCUCAGCUCUUGCAAAUCGUUAUAAUCACGCUCAAAUCAGCAGCACCAUCAGCGGCAGCACAAUGAAUACCAAACAUUCCGAACCAUUCUACAUCUCAUCCAAUCUGUUCGAUAACAGGCGCCUCAGGCGCCGCAUCAGCAAAUGGAUGGAGCGGCUGAGGGAACGUCAGCAGUUUUACAUGACCCACUCGGCCGCCUCGAAGACUGAUCGCAGUAGACGACGUUGCCAUCUGAUGGUAUCGCGACGUCACGUGGCUGCUGCACUACCUGCUGACAUCACCAUUGACCUGCUCUCGGAUGACGAUGGAGACGACGCCGACGCAGAAGACAUAUCGCAACCAACUGCAGCAAAGCCGCCCGCGGCCAACGGACUUUUUCGACACGGGGCAUAUGCCUCGCCUGGAAGUUUACAGCUGUCAAAUGUGCCGAACAUCACUUUGGUGCCAGUAGACUAUGCGCCGGCGCAGAACUCGACAUCGAUGCACCUGAUGCCUCGCAAAAGCAAGCGCUAUGGAGAUGUUACAUCGCGCGCAGCAGUUACAGCCUCUACGUUAAACGAGAGCAUAGUCCUGACCAGCGACGACGAAGAUAUCAAGCUAAACCACAAUAGGCGUCAGCUGAUGCGUUCGCCACCGCCGCUGGCGCCUCUCACCUUUUCCGAUACCAUCGAGGAAGUGACCGUUUCGCUGGUUCCGCGUAGCUCAACCACAGCAAAUUGCCAAGCGCGCCAGCGACGGCGGCAGCCCUGUGAGUUGUCGUUCAACAGCCAUCCCAGCAGCUGCAGCACACCUACCAUUACGUCGCCCAAAAAUCACUUUGAUGGCUUCUUGAGAGUCGAUGUGCCCAACGAGGAAACGGCUGCGCUGCCGGAUGAGACGACCGUGCACACAGUCAUAGCGAAUCGCAUCUACGAACUGUCGCUGAGCAAGCUACGGGAAGGGCUCGCCUCCAGUGGCGUGCCGGAGUACGCGCAUGAUAUGUUGCCAGAGCAACUGCAGAAACUGUCGCCCGCAAUGCGUGCCAAGGUAGCGCCCAUGGUGGCGCCAUCGCCACCUGCGCCCAUCUCGCUGAAGCUGUCGAGCGACCUAAGCAUCUCCCUGAUCUCAGACGAUGACGAUUGUGAUAAUGGAAAUGCAGGUGCCGGCAUGAGCGGUUGUGGUGUUGGCAAGAACAUCAGCGAUCUACUGCAGCCGGUGAUGGCAGCCGAAGCGCAUGCGGCUGCCAAGCUGCUGAAGCAACAGCAGCCACAGCUGUCUGUGGUGCAGCAUCUACAGUAUCCGGGCCAUGGCUCACCCGUCGCUCUGCCUGUUAUGGCGCUUGCGACUACGCCCCCAACCGUGCCAACGCCCUCGUCGACAAGACGUCGCAAACUAGGUUAAAGUUCAUGGAACGACACUGAAUCAUUCCCCGACCCAAACAUUUUCAUCCACACACACACUCACGCACACACACAUAUAUAUACAUAUACAUAUAGCGGUUCAAAAUUAUUCUUUUAAUAGCCUCUAGUGCAAAUAUAUAAGUUAUAGACGACAUAGAUUUCUAGCUCUUAAUUCUAUCCGAUUUCUGCUGCAGAUAGUAGUGCGUCUCUUUCGCACGAAACUGUGCGCCGUAUUCUCUCUCUUCCAUGUCCCACUCUGUCCCUUUCUCUCUCAUAAUUUAAGCCGAACAUAAAAUCAAUAAUAAUGCAAACAAAACUUAUGCAAACGGGACACAACAAAUGAUGCAUCAUCAUCAGCAACA